AUGCGCCGUGUACCAAUAGAGAAGAGGCCGAACGCCACGCGCCUUGUCCAAAGCCAAGGCCUCGUCUUUGCUGACCUCGUCACCCCUGGCGGAACAGAGCCUUAUUGGCCCGAUGACCGGUAUUAUUCUUUCACAUCCGAGGAAGUGGCGCUUCUGGAGACGGCAGCCAAAGACGUCUUUGCAAUGUGCUGCGAGGCUGUAGAGUAUCUUGUGGAGCAUCAAGAUAUAAUCACGGGCAAAAUGGCAGUUCCAGCAUUUACGCUGAAACAGAUAGUCGACUCAUGGGAACGAGAGCCUGCCUGGGGGAGCAUAUAUGGCCGUUUUGAUAUCUGUUUUGGCGGUCUUGACCACCCCGACCCACGGCUACGCGUGCCAAAAUUCUACGAGUUCAACGCGGACACGCCAACGUCGUUGGUAGAGGCGGCCUCGAUUCAGUGGCUAUGGCUGGAACAAACGGGCCACGGCAACGACCAGUUCAAUCACAUCACGGAGAUGCUCGUCGAAGGCUGGAAGCGCAACCUCACCCUCGUGCAAGAAAGGCUAGGCCAUAAACCCAUUGUCCACUUCGCUGUAGGGGAGGGCGAGCCCACAGGCGAGGAUGCAUCAAACGCGAUGCUCCUGAUGGACACAUGUCAUCAGGCGGGCUGGCAGACCAAGGCUAUCACAAUGGAGGGAAUCUGUCGGUCCAGAACCGACGGCCGCUUCUACGACCAACAGGGCGAGCACAUUGAUGUCAUUUUCAAGUUAUACCCGUGGGAGUACAUGGUCCAGCAGAAGUUCGGAGAAGCUUGUUUCAAGGACAUGGAGAAUAUUGGCUUGCGCGACGAGGCCGGAAACUACGUCGGAGGCACUGUGUGGAUCGAGGCGCCGUACAAGCUGCUCUGGAGCAACAAAGCACUCUUUGCUAUUCUAUGGGAGCUCUUCCAGGACGACCCCCGGGCCAAGUGGCUGCUUCCUACUUACUUCGACAAAGAGGUGCCCGCGACGUUGACGAGUUUUGCACGGAAGCCGAUCUUCUCCCGCGAAGGUGCCGACGUGGUGCUCAAGACCGACGGAGAAGUACUCCAGGACGCGGCUUCGGGAUACUACGGAGCAGAAGGGUAUGUUGUGCAGGAGCUGGCAUUGCUUCCCGACUUCAAAGACGCGCAGGGCCAGUCCAAUUUCCCUGUUCUGGGUCUCUGGUUUGUCGAUGGCGACCCCGUGGGCAUGGGCAUCCGAGAAGACAGGACACCCAUCACGACGAAUGCAUCGCUAUUUAUACCUCAUUCAAUCUCCGAUGGUCCUAUCAACUAUCAGAGACAAGCGAUUCCUGAUUCAGAAGAGAUUGAGAGGCAGUUCAGAAUUGGCGCAUACGGAGACGGAUUUGGCCAGAAGAAGACGGAUGAGCUCAUAAAUUACAUUAAGAAAGUGACUGCAUAG